AUUCUAUAUCGAAUGUCGUCAGCUGUUGGUCUUUGGCUAAUUUCAGUGCAAUUCGAAUUUUCGCAUGUAAUACGGUGGGGUUUAUUUUUUUCUUUGAACACAAAUGCAGAAUCCACCGUUUGUGUUCUUCCGCGAUAAAUUUUGCUGUAAAUGAAGCGAUUUUCAGUGGAAUGUAUGUGUACGUGGUGGUCAUCACGAAGAUUUGCGUCAAGUAGUUGGCCUACAAAACCUUUCUGAUAAUCAUGAAUCUGCAAACAUUGUUUCAAGAUUUCAAUCCAAGCAAAUUUUUGGUACAUUGUUGUUUGAUGAUAUUCACAAUUUUGUUUGCUCUUCGCUUGGAUGGUAUCAUAGAAUGGAGUUAUUGGACUGUCUUUGUUCCAAUAUGGUUUUGGAAGAGUAUGGUCAUUUUGGGUGCUACUAUUGGAAGUUAUGUUUGGUGGAGACAUCCUCAUGCAAGGCUAGAAGGGGAUGCUUAUGUACAUUAUAAAGCAAUGUUGAUUACUUUGGCAUUACAUUUGAUCUUGUUAAUGUUUGAAUUAUUAGUAUGCGAUAAGUUAGAAUCUGAAAGACAUCUUUGGAUACUUGUAUUCAUACCACUUAUCUUCAUCUCUAUAGUGUCAAUAGCUGUCUGUAUCUGGGCUGCAAAACACGAUAGAUCAUUUGAACUUGAAUUAUUUUGUGCAGUCAAUGUAUUACAAUUCAUCUUUUUGGCAUUAAGAUUAGAUGGAUUUAUAACAUGGAGUUGGGAAGUAGUGUUUGUGCCUCUUUGGGCACUUUUAUGCUUAUCCUUAGUGGCAGUUCUAUAUGCGAUAGUAUUUGCUGCUGUUUUAUUAAGGACACCACAGAUUAAUGCUAGGCAAAGGCGGACAUCUUUAAAUUCAGCCUUAGCAUACACAUUUCUUGUGGUUCCAAUUUUAGUGUUCCAAGUAUUAUUAGCAAACAAAUUGGAUGGAGAUAUUUCAUUAAAUUACACUACAGUGGCGAUGCCACUUUUAAUAUCUCAUAUAACACUCAUUUUCAUGUCUUUCGAUGCAAAAGGAGGAAACAGAUGGUGGUUUGGUAUUAGGAAAGACUUUUGUCACUUUUUAUUAGGAUUGUGUCCAUUGCUUCAAGAAUAUGGUAAUAUUUCUUAUCAGCCAAGAAGUGAACAAGAUCAACCACCAUCGGAACCAAUGGUUUCAGAAAAGAAUGAAAAACAUUUCAAAAAGAUCGACCUAACAAAACCUGUGGUACCUAUAGUUUCCAUUGAUAUGCCUGAUUGAUUGUCUUGUACAGGAUCGAUCCGGGUACUUGAAAUGUUUUUAUCGAUAUGACUGGUUCAUACCGGAAGCCAUAUCUUAACAAGUAACAGAUACAGGUGCGUAACUAAUAGAGAAAUCUAUUAUGGAAAGGAAAUUAUCAUUUUGAGUAAAGUAUGUCACGAAGAAAAUCUUGUUAUUGUUACAUAUAUUGUGCGCUGAGGCAAUCAUAAUAAUUAUAUUAUCUAUUUUGUUCUUGGGGCUUAAGCUUUUUACUAUAGAUUUUCGUAAAAAAAAAAUAUAUAUAUAUAUAUAAAAAAGGCUUCGAGAAAAAAGUCUUACAGUUUUUUAAAAUUAAUUAUUUAAUUAAUUAAUUGCAAGAUAGUUACGAGAAAGUUGUAUGUUAAAUUCAUUUAGAGGAAUGGCCCCUUGAGCAAAUUCAGCAGCCGCGAUGCUCAAAAUCAUCAUGUCUUUUAACGCUGCAUUAGUCUUACGUGUACCCAAACUUAAAUUACGCGUAGAGUAAGUAACCAACCCGUCCAUUUGUUUGAUUGCUCCUUUUUAAUGAUAUAGGAUAAUCGUCGACCUAUUUUGUUAUGCCUGUUAAAUAGUAAACUUGCGUAACAGUAGCGUUAUUAUUACUUUGCCAAAAGUAGUGGAUAUACAUAAAAGAUAGUGAAUAUGCCUAAGGUGGUGCUAAAAAGUUAAUGAUAUUUUGAAUAGUUUGUAUGCAGCUGUGAACCGUGUUUAAAAUCCGAACUAAACUUCGAUAUACUGUGAUCUGUAUAGAGCAAAGUUUGAUUUAUAAUUACUUAUAUUUUAAAUCGAUUUUCCUGCAAAUCGUUAGAACUAUUAAUGAAGUUUAUUGUUAAGGAAAAUCAUCAAUGUAAAUAGUCCACUAUGUUGUAGAAUCUGCUAGCACUAUACAGAUCAUAUCUGAAAAUCUAAUAUGUAUGUAAUUAAGUCUCAAUUAACGCGCGACUGUCUGAUCCUUGGUUGAUGCAAAAUUUAGCUGCAUUAAAUUAUUUCCGCAAAAAAUUGGUAUACAUACAUACAUAUUAUAAAUACGUAUAAGAUAUGUUAAUAUUGUAAACGAUACGAGUAAUUAUUCGUUGUGUUUGCAUUUUAUUUAAAAAAAAAAUUCCGUUUGUCUUCUACAUUAUUUCAUAAUGUAAAUGCUCAUAUUGAAUGAGACUUAACAGUAGUGUUUACAUAGUAAAUUUAUAAAAAUCGGUGCAAUUCAGGAGCAGAGUGAUUGUUAACAGGGCAAUGAUAAUAAAAUUGAAAAUUACAUUUUUUUUUCUUGUUUAUAGAAAUGCUUUACAUGUAUUUGAGCCCUUUUUAAAAAUAAUUUCUAAUUUAAGAACGAAACCUAGGUUCUAUGCUUGCAACGGCAUAGAUGAUUAAGGAGAAAAGCCAUACAUUUACAUUAGAAUAAUUUUUCUACGUGUUCCUAAAAGUCUUUGCAAUAUUUCUCGUUAAAAUAUUCAUACUGAUAUUACUAAAGUGAUAGUAUAAUUUUAAUAUGUACGGUAAACGUGUUCAAAGGGCUCUGUUACUUUAAGCUUUUAAUUAGACCCUUAUGUACGCUUAUCAUUUAUCAAUUGCUUCAAGAAUUCUAACGAAUACUGCAUUUUCUAAUCUAUAAUGUAACAAGUAUAUGCCAUUGUUAUAUGUCUAAUAAGUUAACUUUUAUUGUCAUUAUUAUUAUAUUUUUUAAAACUGCUAUUCCUUAUGAACAAUCAGAAUGGAAGAUGUUAUGAUACUCGUAAGGAGUGUAAAAACAUUUGUUCGAUAUGUUAUAUAACAUUAAAAUUUUACAAAAAAAGAAACGGUACAGAUUCUUAUAUGUAUUAAUAUACAUAAUUUGUCAUAAACGAAACUGAAAUACGUGAGUUGUUCGAACAUAAAAUUUUUAAUCGGCCUUACUAAGACAGAAGAUUGGAUUAUCGGCUGGGAUACAAGACUGAGCGCCUCGCAUCUUUAGAAUAGCAUCAGCAAGAUGCUAAUAAAAGAAAAAAGAAAAAUAAUCACGUAAAUUAAACUGAAAACAAUAAGUUUCAUCGUGAAAAACAUUGAGCGAUAACGUUACUAGAUAUAAAUAUUAAAUAUAUCCAAUCAUUUAUUGUGUUAUAAUGUAGAAAUAAUGUACAUACUCUGUUGUAUUACAAUAACAUCAUAGACUAUAUCAAUUAUUGUAUAUUAUACAUAUCUAUCAUGAGCGACGGUUGGUAAAUAAGUAGUAAUAUUAUUUUAUUUUAUAUACAUCACACGCAAAAGAUACCAUUAUAAUCUAAUAAAGUUUAUAUUUUUGGUAUUAACAGA